CGUUUGUUUUUAUAAAAAUAAAAAAAACAAACAAAAAUGUAGCUUUUUGACUAUGAUCUAUGUUGGUUGCAUUAAACGGUUCAUUUGAUCAGAGUUAUUAAAGUGUUUUUAACCAGGUUUCGCCAGGUUUUACGCGGUUCACCCCACUGUGCAACGUCGUGAUCAGUUACGCGAUCGUCGGCCUUCGAUGGCGUCGACGAGAAAUGACAACGGGAUCGAGUGUCUUCCCGGCCUCGUUAGAGACACGAAAAUGGAGUCCACGGCAAGAAUUUUUCCCACCGGCGACACCCGCAGACCGUACUCGUUUUACAACACGCUUACCUUGCUCCGACGAACGGAAACGCACGGCCGAUCCCGUUGUUCGAGAGUGCAUUUUCUAUCCUCUAGCGAUUUUUCUGCCACUUGGCGGACAGAUCGUCGUAUUACGCGAUCUGUUCUGCCUAUAAAUGCAGAUCUAAAAUGAUCAGCCUCAUAGUCGACCGCGUCGAACGAUCCUCCUACCAGCUUCCACGACGAUCGUUUCACCAUCGAUUUAUCAUCGAGUCGUGUUUUCAGCCGCUUCCAGAGUUUCUCCAAACAUGGGACUAGUUGGCUUGGUGUUUGUCGCCUCGAUCUCCGUGGCCCUAGCCAAGCCAGGCCUUCUCUCAGCCCCGUUGAUCGCCAGGCUGACCCCUGCUGCGCCUAUCGGUCCUGAUGGCAGGGUCCAGGACACGCCAGAGGUAGCCGUGGCAAAGGUGGAACACACUGUCGCCCAUCUAAACGAGAGAAUCAAUUUGGCCAACGAAGCCGCCAGGUCCUCCUCAGCGUCCCUUCAAGCUGUUAUCCAGCCAGCGUCGCUGCUCGUCGAUAGAUCGACCGUUUUGGUACCCGGCGCGCCUCUUGGUCCUGACGGAAGGGUCGUAGACACCCAGGAAGUUGCCGUGGCGAAAGCUGUUCACGCCGCGGCCCAGGUCAACGAGAGGGUCAGUCUCGCCAACGAGGCUGCACGAUCUGUUGCAGCAGACUUGAACAGGCCACUGGUGCCGCUCGUGGCCAACGGAUUGGUGACCCUUCCAUCGGUAGGUCUCGAUGGAAGGGUCCGAGACACGGCAGACGUUGCGGCCGCAAAAGCGGCCCACGCAGCAGCUCAAAUCAACGAGAGAAUCAAUUUGGCCAACGAAGCUGUUAGAUCCUCGGGAAGGUUGCUGGUUACCGCACCGGCUGUACAAGUUCCGUUGGUGGCGAGCAACGCCGUGCUCGUCCCAGGUGCACCCAUUGGUCCCGACGGAAGAGUCCUCGAUACACCGGAAAUCGCCGUAGCGAAAGCUGCACACGCAUCCGCUCAUCUCACCGAGAAGCUGAACUUGGCCAACGAGGCUGCAAAGUCCGGCGAAGUUCUCGCUGUUGCUGGAACCAAUCUCGCUUAUGGAAGACUCGUUUACUGAAAAAUAAAGCUUCCAAGGAAGAAUAUUCACGCGCGAAUACCGUUAGUUUAUAGUCGAUUAAUAAUCACUGUUAGUUGGAAUAAAGAAAUUUACGAGAA